AGAAAAUACAAUAGAAGGGACGAAUGAAGUACACAACACCACCCUUAUUAUUCUAGAGUGCAUGCAUAUUGCAUACAAUUAAUAUGAGCUCCUAGGUAAAUAAACUCCACCCUCCAACUAUACAAAAUCUUCAAUAAAUCAUCAAAUUUUCUUUCUCUGUCUUUACUCAAUUCUAUAUUUUUCUUCUCAGUUCUUGCAGGGUCUGCUCAUGGAAACUAACACUAAUUUUGGCUCUCAUACCACUAAACACCAUCACUCUCAUUCUCAACCUCUUAGCCACCACCAAGACACCACACUUUCCUCAACUUCUAUUCUCAUAAUUGUCAUUUCAGCCUUCUCUGCCAUUGUAAUUCUUGCUAUCUUUGUUAUUAUUGUGAUGCUUAGAAGACUCAAAUCUGCUAACAAUUUAAGUGGCAGUAGUAAACAUAGUAGCAUUAUGAGUAAUACUAACAGUUGUAGAUUUGUUGCUCAUACCACUCUAAGCUUUACUUCUAGCCCAGAUGUGAAUGGAGGGUGUUUAUAUGGAAGCAAUAUGGCUCAGAAACCUGUACCAAAAUACAAAGGAGUUCAAGUUUUUACAUACAAGGAGCUUGAAGCAGCUACGGACAAAUUCAAUGAAGCAAAUGUGAUUGGAAAUGGAGGUUAUGGAGUUGCGUAUAGAGGUGUUCUUGCUGAUGGGACAGUUUCUGCCAUUAAAAUGUUCCGUAGAGAAGGGAAACAAGGCGAACGUGCCUUCAGGAUAGAGGCAAACUUGCUAAGCAGGUUGCACUCUCCUUAUUUGGUGGAACUACUAGGCUAUUGUGCUGACCAGCACCAUAGGCUUCUAAUAUUUGAGUUCAUGCCUAAUGGUACCCUUCAAAAUAAUCUCCAUCACAAGCAAUGUCAGCCGUUGGAUUGGGGAACCCGCUUGCGCAUAGCCCUCGAUUGCGCUAGGGCUCUCGAGUUUCUUCAUGAACAAACAAUCCCAUCUGUCAUCCACCGUGAUUUGAAAUGCAGCAACAUUUUACUGGACCGAAAUUUCCGUGCCAAGGUUUCGGAUUUCGGGUUUGCCAAGAUGGGUUCCGAGAAAAUCAACGGUCAGAUGUCGACACGCGUGGUUGGGACCACCGGUUAUCUUGCUCCAGAGUAUGCUUCAACAGGUAAACUUACGACAAAAUCGGAUGUUUACAGUUUCGGCGUGGUUCUUUUACAGCUGUUAACUGGCCGGAUUCCUCUGGAUAUUAAACGGCCCUCCGGUGAACAUGUCCUCGUCUCUUGGGCUCUUCCGAGGUUAACUAACAGAGAAAAGCUUAUGGAAAUGGUAGAUCCGGCUCUGGAGGGCAAAUAUUCAAAGAAAGAUUUAAUUCAGGUAGCAGCAAUUGCAGCCAUGUGUGUCCAACCGGAAGCAGAUUACCGUCCGUUGAUUACAGAUGUGGUACAAUCGUUAAUCCCGCUCGCCAAGAACCCGUCUUCAAUUUCCACCAGAUUCCCAACUCAUAAAGUCAGUCCUAGAUCUUAAAAGAGAGUUCAGAAAUUGUAGAUCUGUACAACUAUGUGAGCUUCAUUCUACAUUAUCACAUUGCGGAAUAAAAAAAAUUCAAAAACAAGCAUUUCAGAUUGAAUCA